CUCAACCAAUACCUACUCUCAAUCCUCCCAGGAAUCAGAUUUUUUAGGCCUUGAAUAUUCACACCAACAGAAACAGAUGCCUGAACCAGUCCCGCAAGAGGAACUCCCAAUUCUCGAGGCUCUCGUCAACAUCCGGAACAGGCUCACUGCCCUGAAGAAAGACCGCGGAGAGUUUAUCAAGGCCUCAGAUGUGAACUCGCUCUACCAGGCCGUGGUGAAGCAAGUGCAAAAGCUGAAUGCGGUCAGAGAUGACAAUACAGUUUACAACAACCGAGUGGAUACGACUCUCGCCGAUGUGUUCACCUUGCUAUCGCUCUUCUAUCUCACAAUCGGAAAGACAAGGGAGGCUCCUGCUACCUACAGCCAAAUAGCGUCUAUGAGGCAAAUUCUCGACCACCUGAACGAAUCUUCAAUUUACAACGAGGAAGAUCUCGCUCCCUUCCAGAAGCGACUUGCGGGUCUUCGCCACAUCGUGCAGCAGGAUGCCGAACAGGGAAAGCAUCCCAAAGCUUUGACAACAUUACUCGAAAGACAACUCAAUGAAUGCGACGCGGUUGUGAACCAAAUGUUAGAAUCGCUCUCCGUCAUCUCGCCGGAACUGAUACCAGUUCAUGAGAAGCUGGUCACGAUUCGGAGACAGUUGGUAGCCCUUGCAGCGAAGGAGGGAAGUCACAAGGCCGAGUUAAAACCGAUCCAGGAAGAGCUCCGAAAAAUCGAUUCGUUGAGUACUUCUUCUAUUUCAUUAAUCCCGAAAUCCCAAGCGGUCUGCACGAGUCUUUUGGAAGAAUGUUUCGAAAUCGCCCAGGAAAUCAAGGCUCAUGAUGACUCGAAGAACGUUGCCUCGUCACUCAAACCCAUCUAUGAUCGCUUGCGAGACUUGCGCGCCGAGCUGGAGAGCAUGGUCCUUACCCAUCGCUGGUCGCUGCGCGAGACCGACCUCUGGAACUACUCCCUCAGUCUACAGGAGAUUGACAAGAUGAGGGUAGAUGGCAAGUUCGUCGAUUCAGAGGGCAAUCGGCCAGCGGGGCAAUAUGUCAGUUUGAAUAUCUUGAAGAUGCUACGGCCUCAUCUACCGACUCCUAUCCUCCAGCGAACCUGUCUCAGAGGAGUUGAUGCCGAUCGUGGGGUUCUUUCGCGCGCUGCCUGUUUCAGGAAACUAACGGGAAAUUUACAACAGGCUAAUAAAUUGAACACCGUCAAACGGUGUCUGAACGAGGUUCUCAAAUGUGGGGGACCUUUCAAUGCACGGGACUUGUACCCCUACCAGCUAGCCCUGUUCCAGAUCGAUUCGAUGAGGAAGGAGGGUCGCUUUGUAAGUGUCGACGGUACCAUCCCCGAAGGGCAGGGUAUCAUCAUGGCCAACUUGAACGAGUGCCACGAACUAGUCGAAAUGUUGAAAGAAUCCAUGGACGAAGGUGAAACUGAAGAGGACGAAGAAGAUUACGACUACGAUGGAUCCGAUGACGAUUAG